GGCCAGGCGGGCGCAGGCGCCUCGAGGGCGACCGGAUGCGGCCCCGCACGGCCACUGCGCGCUUGGCGGGGACCUGGAGCGCCGCUGCCCGAGUGCGUGCGGAGGCUGGACGGGUCUGUGGCUUUGUGGCUUUCGGCUCCCGCCCCCCCCCCGGGCCUCGGGGCCCCCAGGGCUCUCAGACCCUAGUCUUCCCAGGUGCGAGCCGGGGCCGGAGGGCGCGCCCGUCCCGCACGCAGCGCGCCAUGGGCAAUGCCUCCAAUGCGUCCGGGCCCGGGGACUGUGAGAGGCGACAGUGGCUCCCGGCGGCGGGCGAGAGCCCGGCCAUUAGCGCAGCGAUGUUCUCGGCGGGGGUGCUGGGGAACCUCCUCGCGCUGGGGCUGCUGGCUCGCCGCGGGCGAGGGGACGCGGGGCGCGGCGCGGGCGGCCGCGGCGCCGUGUCCUUGUUCCACGUGCUGGUGACCGAGCUGGUGUUCACCGACCUGCUCGGGACCUGCCUCAUCAGCCCGGUGGUGCUGGCUUCGUACGCGCGGAACCGGACGCUGGUGGCCCUGUGGCCCGACAGCCGCGCGUGCACCUACUUCGCCUUCACCAUGACCUUCUUCAGCCUGGCCACGAUGCUCAUGCUCCUCGCCAUGGCCCUGGAGCGCUACUUCGCCAUUGGGCACCCCUACUUCUACCAGCGCCGCUUCUCGCGCCGCGCGGGCCUGGCCGUGCUCCCCGCCAUCUAUGCCGGGUCGCUGGUGCUCUGCUCUUUGCCGUUGCUCGGGUACGGGCAGUACGUCCAGUACUGCCCCGGGACGUGGUGCUUCAUACGCCACGGGCGCACGGCUUACCUGCAGCUCUACGCCACCAUCCUGCUGCUGCUCAUCGUGGCGGUGCUCGCCUGCAACUUCAGCGUCAUCCUCAACCUCGUCCGCAUGCACCGCCGAGGCCGGAGGAGCCGCUGCGGACCCUCGUCCUGGAGCGGCGGCCCGGGGCCCCGCAGGAGAGCUGAGCGGCUGUCCGUGGCGGAGGAGGCCGACCACCUCAUCCUCCUGGCCAUCAUGACCAUCACCUUCGCCGUCUGCUCCCUGCCCUUCACGAUCUUUGCAUAUAUGAAUGAAACCUCUUCCCGAAAGAAAAAGUGGGACCUCCAAGCUCUUAGAUUUUUAUCAAUUAAUUCAAUAAUUGACCCUUGGGUCUUUGUCAUCCUCAGGCCUUCUGUUCUAAGACUCAUGCGUUCCGUCCUGUGUUGUCAGACUCCAUUAAGGACACAAGAAGCAAUACAAACUUCCUGUUCUACGAAGUCCAAUGCCAGUAAGCAGGCUGACCUUUGUGGACAGUUAUGAGGAUGCACUUUGCUAUGCAGCAUCCAGGAGAUCCUUUGGAAAUGGCUCCUUGGAGAAAUGUAAAAGGCUAGCAUAUAAACUGAACGAAACUACCCUAAUAAAAGAGUGGUUUGGGUUACAGGCCUGCUGACAGGAUACUUCACGGAAGGUGUCAGAGACAUCUACAAAAUCUCCCCUCACUGAGCACUUUACAUGGUGUGAUCCAGCGGCCUUUUGAUGUAAGCUUUCCUGUUGAAUGACAAAGCAGAUGGUGUGUAGUUUGUUUAACACCCUCCGGAGUUACUGUUUUUCCUAUGUUAAAUGUCUAUGCUACUGCUAUUAUAAACAGACCAAGUGAAACUUCAUGUGUUUUCUCUAGGAGAUCAACAUGCAAAAGCAACCAACACAAACAAAAGCUGCUGUGUUGUAAUUGCUUAAGGGACCCUUUGUUUAGACAGUGAUGUCAAAAGUCAUCAGCACCUUUUACCUUAACGUUUGUAGCUGUGGGAGCACUCAGGUCUCUGUAGCAUUACUCUUACCAGGACAGACUCCAUUGGUUAGUAUCAGCUUGUUACACCCGCCCUUUAGGAACUCUGUGUCCAGUUGUCCAAUUAUUUAUUUCCUACUAUCUGCUGUACUGAUAUUAAUCAAGAAGACUGUAGAAAUUUUCUUCUCAAAGAGAAAUAAUAAAAAGGUUGUUAAGACAGUUAA